UUUACAACGCCGACCCGAACGCUACGUAAGAACUGCGACGGGCACACCGCACAGUCGAGCGGCGAACCGUAUGUAGGUUAGACGAAGAUCCAAUUGACCAGUUACCAGCGUGUUCAACAGUUGUUGUUCGAAAUAAAUUAGUUACCGCCAGUUGAUAACAUUGUGUGCAGUUGGAUAGCAGCGCGAUGGGGUGUGCCACGGGGAUCGUCAAGUACAUCGUCUUCCUCGCCAACUUGGUCUUUGCGUUGGCCGGUUUGGCUUUGGUAAUCAUAGGAUGUCUCUAUAAAUUCAACUAUAGCGACAUCACCAAAGCUUUGCCAUCCGACUUUGGACUUGCACCUAUACUAUUCAUCAUCAUAGGCGCCAUAGUCUUCAUCACAGCCUUCUUUGGAUGCUGCGGUGCUGUCAGAGAGAGCACUUGCAUGCUUACAACAUACGCCAUCAUUCUGUUGACAAUCUUCAUCAUCCAAGUGGCGAUAGGAGUAUACGCCUUCAUCCAGAUUAAGGACACGUACGCCCUCCAGAAGUCCAUCACCCAAAACUACAGGAAAACGUUCGACGAAAGGCACCACAUCAGAGAGGCCAACGAGACCGUCCAGGCCACCCAAAGCUGGUUGCACUGCUGCGGUGUCGACGGUCCUGACGACUGGAAUCACAUUCCACCGACCUGCUGCUCAAACAACAACGUCCAUUGCAGCAGAGCCUCUCCCGACUUGUACCAGAAUGGUUGCGCAACACAAAUCUUUGACUUGCUGCAGAAGAGCACUAAAGUUAUUGGCGGUGUUGCCAUCGGUAUCGCUGCAGUAGAAAUUCUCGGUGCCGUCUUCGGUUUGUGCUUAUCGAGUUCGAUAAGGAACCACUACAGAAGAAACAUUUACGCCUAGAAUAUGCCUUAAUAUGAGAGACAUGAAUAUGAAAAGUAGAGAAGAUAUAUUUUUGUUAAAAUAAACAAACCAAGAUGUAUUAUAAUCUGAGAUGUUAUAUAACGAAUGAUUUUUGUUUUUGUUUACUGCACAUGUUUACCUUUUUUAAAUUUAGAUAUUAUAAAUGAUAUGUUAGUUUGAAAGUUUUUAUAAUAUUUAUUUAAUAAUAAUCAGUGUUAAAUUUUAUAUUUAAAUUUACUUGUUACUAUAGAUUCUUAUAAGAAUAAAUACUUAUUUAAGACGA